CCUUUUCAACCAAGGAUGCAGAAACAUCGUGAGCUUUUGCUAACAGCGAUCCAUCAGCGCAAGGCUGAAGACCUUGAGGCCUUAUUUAGUAGUGAAGAUGUGAACCCUAAUUUCAUUAUAAAUCAUAUGCAGAACACACCUCUACAUAUAGUAGCAGCAAUGGAUGUCCCAGAGACAAUGGACAUGGUCAAAGUCUGUAUCAAAGCAGGAGCUGAUGUCGACUGCCGUGAUGUUCAUGGAAGAUCAGCCAUCCAUUUCGUAGCAGGAACAGACAACGUAGCUCUUAUAAGGUAUCUGAUCAAAGACGUAAAUGCUGAUAUUAACUGAGUAACAGAGGGAGGAGAGACUCCACUCAUUAAAGCAAUAGGAUUUGGCAAGGCCAACAUUGUCAGUGAGCUCCUUGAAUUAGGAGCUGAUGUCACAAUCAAAACAUUUAAUAAUGAGUCUGCAAUAGAUCUAGCAGCAAAGAGCCUUAAUAAAAGAAUAGUUCAAAUUUUCGAAGAGUACAAAGCAAUGAUCAGUGCUGAAGGAGAGUUUGAAUCAGGUCCUGGCGCAAGCCAGGAGGAAAAGCCCCAAAUCUUAACCCAAUCAGAUCCAGAAGCUGAUGAGAUGAUGGACUAA